AUGGCCCCUCCUACUCCCACCUCUAACCCUUUCGCCGCCAUGAGGAACUUUGGUGGUAUGGUGUCGUCUGCUCUUUCCUUCGGCGACAGAUCUCGCCAAGUCUCCUCCCUCGGCCUCGGCACCCUCUCUUUGGGGGAGCCGUCUGGCGAUGUCCCGCCUCCUCGCUCCGCUUCUCCUCCCGCCGGUCCUCCCGCUGGUUCUCCCUCUGCUUCUCCUCCUCCUGGUUCUCGCUCUGCUUCCCCUCCUGCCGCCAGCCCUCGCCGCAGGACGCCCGCCUUUCGUCCUGACUUCGAAGGAAAAGGGGGUGAUUAUAGUGAUGAGGAUGAUAGAAUCGUGUCGGAGGGUGAAACCGAGUUAGAGGAACACUCGGAUGAUGAUAUGGUGGCGGUUAGUGUAGAGGACAACAACGUAGAUAGUCCUGAGCCCGCUCCUGCCCCUCCCCCUGCUCAAAUUGUGGGCCAGAAACGACGCCGUUCCCUCUCCUCUUCUUCUUCUUCCUCUUCUUCUUCUUCCUCUUCUUCUUCCUCUUCCGGGGUUCUCCCCCCCCCCAACGCCAUCGCCGCUGCCGCCGCUGCUGCCGCCGCCCGCCCUGCCGCCGCCAUCGCUCCUGCUGCCGCCGCCGGUCCUGCUGCCGCCGCCCCCGUCGCUGCUCCCCCCCCUUCUCCCAGAGGGGAGCCUUCGCCCAAACGGGUGAAGAGAUCACUGCGGGAAGAAGAGUACUUGUGGGAGAAGAUGAAGUCCGAGCCUGGUCGUUGGAUCGCGGUUGGUGUUGACGAAGCGUGUGAUCGUUGCCGACGUGAGAUUAUCACGUAUAAUCGUCCAAACUGGCCCUGCCUCAAGGCAGUCAGGCCACACAACAAGGCCCUCCGUUGUGCUUCAUGCACGUCUGGCCCCUGCUCCUUCUGUCCCGUUUCCUCUGCCCGGGACAUCCCGCCCCGUCCCUUCGACGCUUCUCCUCUCCCCCCUCCCCAGACUCCAGCGUCUGUCCCCCGUUCGCGGGUACCGCCUUCGUCUCUCCGGUCGGUUCGCCGUACUUCGCCGGACCUCCGCCCGUCGCCUCCGUCGCCGUCGCCCUUCGCUCCUGUGGCCGGCCCAUCACGUCUCCCGGCUGUUCCUCCUUCGUCUUCUCGCCGUCCUUCGGCCUCUGCUCCUUCGGCCUCCCGUCCUUCGGCGCCACGUCCGUCCUCUCCAGUGGUAGCUUCUCCUCCGGCUCACAGCACCCGAAGUCGGCGUCCUUCUGUUCCUCCGGCCACUUCGGCGGCCCCUCCCGUCACCCCUCCCUCUGCUUCCCAGAAGACACCGAAGUCUUCUUUAAAGAAAUCAAAAGGGAAAUCUAAAGAGAAGGAGGUUGCCUUCAAUGAUGGUGAUGUGGAAGGUGAAGAUACUCAGCGUGCUGGUCCCUCUGCUCCCCGGUUGUCCCUCGUCCACCCUCGUAUCUCCCUGGACAUCCGUAUUCCUGAGGACGAAAAGGAAUUCGCCACUUAUCGUUCUCUCGUCCUCGGUCUCACUACUCAGCUCGAGGCCGCCCGAAAUGAUACAUCUCUCCUGCUUGACUUCUCUUCUCGUCAAGCUAACGCUUUAAACAAUCUCACUGCGGCGUUAGUAGAUGUAGUCAACACUGAGGCUCUGGACGACGAAGCAAGGACAAGUACGGCGAAGUUAGACGGAGUUAGGCUAAGUAGGGACAAUGGGAGCAGAAGUGCGGCGAUGUUAGGCGGAGUUAGUCUAAGUAGGGACAAUGGGAGCAGAAGUACGGCGAAGUUAGACGGAGUUAGGCUAAGUAGGGACAAUGGGAGCAGAAGUGCGGCGAUGUUAGGCGGAGUUAGUCUAAGUAGGGACAAUGGGAGCAGAAGUACGGCGAAGUUAGACGGAGUUAGGCUAAGUAGGGACAAUGGGAGCAGAAGUGCGGCGAUGUUAGGCGGAGUUAGUCGAAGGAGGAAGAGGAUGGCCGAGGGCUCGGGGAAGUUGGACGAAGACCUUGGAGUGGAGGAUAGUGUGGGGGGAUCAAUUCAAGGAGAUGAGUUCGUUCCACCGGUGCCUUCUAACCCUCCUUCUCCUCCGUCUAAUGCUCUCCCACCUGCGGGAUCCCCACUUGGAUCAGACCAAACCCCACGCCCAAGAGAGAACACUGGAAGUACGGCGAACUUGGGAGAAGAAGGAACACAAGGGGUGGUGUUGGCCUUGAUGCAGAUGGUGGCGAAUAUGAACAAAGACAUGAUGGAGGAGAGAAGGCGUAGGGAGGAAUGGGAACAGAGAAGAGAAAGGGAUACAAGGACGGAGAAGAAAGAAGAGAAGAAAUGGGAAAAGGGGCAACCUUCGGCGCAGGGUGGUGCCCAGGCGGCUAUGAUGUCGACGGUGGUAAAGAGUACACCGCCAAACAUCGACGAAGUUCGCCGAAGAUGGCCUAGGCCGAGCUCCGAUCUGAGGGAGACAAGGAGGAAGGAGGGGAAGUGUACCGAGUGUGGUGAAGCAGGACAUUGGCUGAAGGAAUGCCCUGUGAGGGAGGCUAAGGUUAAGGUUGGACUGUUGCCUCCAUGGGGGGGGAAGUUCGGAGAACGUGGUGGAGGAUCGGGAGGGAACGCAGUACCUCUCGGACAGAGGAGGAACUUGAAUGCGGUUGGAGGAGAAGUAGAUUUGGAAGAGGACCAGGGAAAAGAAGAGGACCUGUCGCAGUAG